GCGCUCAGAGCGGGGUCACGUUGUACGGAUGGACCGUCCCGAACGCGCGGGGUGCUCCUGACCGACCCCAGCUGAACCCUGCGGUGCCAUCCGUAAUGCACGUGCUCAUGGGGCUAAAGAAACUAGCGCUUAUUAGACUGUGCUGUGCUACAUGCAAUUGCAAAAAAAAAACUGACUGCUGGACAUCGGUCCAAAUGCUUGCUUUUCGUUAUACCAAGUGUAAUAAUCAUAUUUGCACUUUUAUUAGUAGUAAUACGCUUUUGCAAGCAUAGGUUCACAACUAUAUAAUUACUUGGUUUUUGAAUGCAAUAUUUUAUCCUACAAAAAUGAGAGCGUGGAGAAGGACGUUGACUUUUAUACCUGUUUAUACCAGUUUCUAAAGUUGAAUUACUUCCGUAAGCUGCCUCUAUUGAGACAGUAAAACAAAUUUUAAACGCAUGUGGAUUCAUCCAGUUUGAUAGUAUGGCACCAGCACUGUGAGAGGAACGUACCAAUGGGAGAAGGGGGGGUGGGCGGGUGGAGGCCGUUCCAGUUGGGUCAAGGGGCAGUAGUGAAUGUUGGAGGUCCCUGGCCGGGUGCUCAGUGUGCGUUUGGGUGCUCAGUGUGCGUUUGGGUGCCCCCGCUGCAGGAGUUCAGACCCAGAGAUGAUGUCCGGCUGCGUGGCGCUCCUCUGCACCUCCCUCCUGGUGCUCCUGCCCCCGGGAGCGGGGGUGCCCCUCUCCGUGGAGACCAUGAAGAGCAACGUCAAGCUGAUGGCGCAGACCACCAUCGUCAGGAUACAGAAGCUCACAGAGGAGUUCCGGAUAUCCCCCAACAUGGUGUUCAGCGGCCUGGAGCUGAUCCCGGACAUCGCCCCGGACAAGGCGUGGGAGGGCCUGUCGGCCAUCGCGCAGGGCCUGCACUCCUUCCAGGUGGUCCUGUCCCACCUGCCGCCGGGCGACGGCAUGGCGCAGGUGCACGCCGACGUCCUGAGCCUCCACGGCGUGGUCCGCUCGCUCGCCGCCUCGCUCGGCUGCCCGCUGCACAAGCCCGCCGGCGACGGCCGCCUGGAGGCCUUCCUCAAGACCAACUCCACCUUCCACGUCACCAUCGGCAACGUGGCCCUGGAGAGGCUGCGGCGCUUCCUGGGCAAGCUGGUCCAGAACCUGGACCAGCUCAAGAGCUGCUGACCCUCGCCCCAGCCGGUGCUACUAGUUCUUUUUCUAAUUAUUAUUAUUAUUAUUAUUAUUGUCCUUUUUUAUUAUUAAUAUUAUUAUUAUUGGUAUUAUUGUUAUUUUGUAGUACUAUCAUCCUCUGAUACGAUAUUUAAUGUAUUUAUAAGAAGCGAUAAAAGGUUUCUCGGUACUGUAUUUUAUACUCUAUUUUUGAUAAUGGAGCACUGACGGAGUUUUGUGUGAGUGAAUGAGAUUAGUCGUGCCGCAUUUUCCAUACGGGCCUCUGCGCGUUUUUCAUAACUGACGGCUGUCAAUAAUCGGUCAAUGUUUCGUUUUUUUUUAAAAAUGAAACGCGUUCUGUAUCUGCGGUCACGCCGGGCUUUUGUAAUGUUAAGGGGUGUGGGGGUGGGGGGGGGGGGUAACGUGCGGAGUCAGCGCAGGUUGUUAUUCGCCGGUUGGCGCCGCGGCGGCAAGUUUCCCGGGGGGCUGAAAUCAGGAGACGCUGUCGAGGAAGAAUACAGCGUGCGGAAUAAAAAAAUAAUUUAAAAACCGAGGACAGCGUGCCACAGAGGUUAGACUGAACUGACCCCCGAAGCUGCGUUGCCAGGCGCUGGGGGGGGCGGGGCUUACACAGGCAGCUCCUGACUGUCUGCAGAGCCUGCGCACCGGCGCAUGGGACUGGUGACUGCGCAAAAAAACCCUCCCUGUCACGGGCACGCUGCACGGUGGUGUAGGGAAGAGCUGGGAGGCGCCUGGCCGGCCCAAGUCAGUUUCCCUUUACGGGAAACAGAGCCAUUCCCGGUAACCCAAAACCAAGAGGGUUAACUUCUUCCUGCUUUCCGUUUCAUUAUGUCUGGUUUUUUUUUUUCCCCAAAAGGGAAUCUAAGAACACGAUCACGUCAGCAGUUCGGCUGCACGGCUCUAAUUUAGCACGCAUCUGCCUGGAGCUUGUAAAAUGUAUUUUACGUUUACUGAAAAAGGUCAUUUGUUUUUUUAAAACCUGGGAAAGUAUUUAGCUGGGUCUACCCAGUAUGAACCAUGUAACUACCCCUCCACCCCUCCCCCCCCCCUUAUGACAUUCCUUUGUAAGAAAUUGGUACAUCCAGUCUAACACUUUCCCCCCAUAAGUUCUCAGAACCAGUCUAGGUGACUUUUAAGCAGUGGCACUUUAAAUAAAUGUUGUUGUUUUUUAAAAAAAUGAAUGUCCUUUCAACUGUUAAAAUAAGUUCUCCUUGCUGCAUUUGGACUGCAUUCUCCGUUACUGAACAAGUAAAACAUUAAAUGAUUUUUCAAUAA